AGGGCGGCGGGAAGAGAGGGAUGCGGAGAGGAGGGGGAGGAGGAGGAGGGAUGCGAGGGGAGGAGGCUGGGCAGGUUGGCCGCCUAUUUGAGGGAAAGUAGCAGUUUGUAUUCGCUCAGUGUUUGCCACAGCGGAGCCGAGCCCGCCGCGUGAGGGCCGGAGCGAGCAGCAGCAGCAGCAGCCACCGCCGCCGCCACCCGCCUGGCUGGCUGUGUAGGGAGCCCCAGCCGCGCUCUCCCGACCCCCUCCUCUCUCGCCUCAGCCUCCCGAGAGCUGCCCCGCUCGUGGCAUUUGAGUGUGGGGACGGAGGGCGGGAAGGAGGCUGCGGCCGCCACCACUUGCUUAUAGCUGACUGGCUGGACUCUUGCGCCUCUCUGGAGUAGCCGGAGGAGAUCCAGCGGCACCCGGUCCCUCAGAGAAGCCCCUCGCAGGUUCCCAGCCCGAGCGGGGAGGGUGUCUUUGGCAGCCCAGCGCCACCGCCGCCGGGGAGAGGGUGAAGAGUUGGUGCCGCCGCUGAAUUUUUAAUGGAAAAAUGGCGUUCUCCGCUCAGACCUGCGGCGCAUCUUGCAUCGUCCCGGCUCUGUGCAGCCAAAUAAUCCUGUGCCUCGUCCUCUCGGCUCCCGCCGCGGAUGGCUACAGCUUUCCCCAGCAGUACACUCACUUUCUGGAAAGUAGCAAUCCUACAGUCUUCUCCUUGGAACAAAGUACCCUAAUGCAGUACUGGGCCAGAAGACUGGAGCAAGAGAUUGAUGGCGUGAUGAGGAUAUUUGGUGGUGUUGAUCAGCUGAAACGGAUCUACGAUGAAAAAAAGAGCCUGUUUGAUGUAAGAGAGAACGUCCCAGAGAAAAUAGUGGAAAAGGUGGCAGAGGACAUUGAGAGUCUGUUGGCCAAGAAAGUCCAGGCAUUGAAGGUAAGGUCACUUCUUGGAGCAUUAGCCUUGAUUGGUGUGUCUGGUAGAAGAAGGAGUGAGCAAUAUAGAACUGGUAUGUAUGACAACAUUCCAAUAUUUGCAUAGUCUCCAGCUGAUGAAUCAUUUAUUCAGAAUGAUUCAAAUAAUGUUUGUGAGCCACAGAGUUGGGGAAUUUUAUGAAAUUCCAAGGAUAACUGCUAUUCAGCCCAAGUGCCUUUUUUGUUUUUGGUAUCUCUGUCAUGCAAGGGGUUGCAAUUA